AUCAGUUCAGUUAAAAUUGUAAACGAACGUGAAGCCGAAAUUGUUGCUGCAAAACUAACCAAAAAUAUAGAUAUAAUUAUUAGUUUUAAUUACAUCUGUUUUCUAAUUAAUGAAUGAUGUUUGCUUAGUUCAAUACCAAUGUAUCAACUCUAAUUGAUUCGCAAGAAACUUCUUAGGAUAAAUUGAUGAUCCCGUUUGUAAAUCCUUUGUAAAUAUGACCACGGCCAGCAAGGUCGGAGAUUUAUUCACCGCGGCGGGAGAAGCGUUUUCAAAACUAGCCGAAUUAACGUGUUUAUUGCAGAGUCCUAUGAAUAAUGGAUCAUUAAACGACGCCGAUAGUGGUUGGUCGGCCGAUGACACCGAACUAUUGAAACUAGCGGUGAAACGUUUCGGCGACGAUCUGAACGUGAUUAGUGAACAUAUCAAGGAUAAAACAAUGUGUCAAAUUAAAUCAACGUACAAAAAAAUCCAGCCAUCGCUCGCUACUGCUUCGAAACCGUACGAAGAAAUUAAUACCGCGACAGAAGAAACACCUCGCCCUAACGCCACUGUAACUGCCGGUAUAUCUUCCGAAGCACGUUUACCGAGUAUGUCAUCGAUCUCUCCAAAUUCGGAACCACUAUCUGCAGUUCCAUCUUCGUCAUCGACAUUACAAACGAAUACGAUGGCUUCGUCUAAUACGACUACGUCCAUUUGCUCGUCUCCAUCACCCUUCUUACAUUAUCCUUUGUUGAGGAAAUCCGCCGAUAUAACGCUGAAUAUGCUGAAUGCUCGAGAUGAUUCCGAUGACGAAGGUCGAAUCGGUUUAUCUGUUUUUAAUUCAGUUUAGUUAUCGAUGAUAAAAUAAUGCGAAUGUACCUAGAUGGUAAAAGCUUUAUUGUUAGCCUUUUUUUUCGGACUGACGUUGUGUAACAUUUUAUGUUUUUACGUGUUUUUUUUCUCUUUUUUUUUCUCUUUUUUUUUCUUUUUACGUACUCUUAUGUUUGGUGUUGUGUGUAAAUAUCGGGUAUACAUAUGUGUCGUUUUAUGUAUUUAUUCAUCUUCUCUGUCUGGUACACAAUAUUUAUGUUAUUUAGGUGUCGUAAAUAAAUUAUUGUUGAAAUUGUA